ACUCGACCAAAUAAGGUGAAUGAGGUGUCCUUGGAUAGCCUUUGAAGUCUAGUUACUUAUUUGAGUGGUCUCUGUCCGAGAAGGGAGAGUUUAUCCCACAAAAAACCGAGCUGGAGUGAACUGCUGUCUGUAAACUCGAGCAGUGAAAGUGCUGAAGCUGUUUGGUUGAUAUCUCGAAUUAUACCAAUUCAAUCAAGGCGAGUAAGAUACCAAAAGAAAGCUCUCAAGACGAGGAAUCCGUGAAGGUCUGGUUUGCAUCAAUCGGAGUAGUGGAAGGCUUCCAAAUCGUCCGAGCAAAACGCAACCUCGCAGAAACGGAUCUACUCUUCUAAAAGAAACGAGUUAGCCGGAAAACACUCAUUCUAGGGGCUGUUUUCGUACCAACGAUUAGGGGUUGAACUAGCACUUUGAGGAGGCUGUUUAACACUCAAUUCCAAGCAAGGAAUCAGUUCUCAAACCUUCUUGGCCGAGGCUUUGGUCAUUGGAGCGAGAAGGAAGGUUUUAAAGCUCAUUUGAGGUUGAGGCUAGAGCUUGCUUCCUGUGCUCGUUGCCCGAGUGAUUUCCCGGAGAGAAGACUUGAAAUGGACCGUGGUGGCAGGAUCACUAGGAGGAACCCGACCGGCCGUGUACCAGUGGAGACUGGACAGGGCAGUCGAAGGACCUCUAGGGCAUCUAGAGGAGCUGGCCGUGGAGGCCGAUCACAGACCGUGAGUGACGGUCAUGUCGACACAGAAAGUGAAACCUACUGGUCCUAUGAGGACUCGACUUACCAACCGGAAACCGAGCCGGUUGAGACCCCUUACGAAGGGGAUGACGAUGAUGUGAGUGAUGAAGAAGGGGAGAAUGACUCCCUAGCAAGAAUUGAGGCGCUGCUCCAGCAAUAUCAGCGGGAGCGCGAGGAAAGGAGGGAACGCCGUAGGCGCCGAGGAGGGCGAACUUCGGGAGGGGCUUCAAGGGGAAGGAGCCAUGGCAACUCUAGGGCCCACGUUGAACCACAUGGGGGCCGGGGUGAUGGAGGUCCAAUCAUAAGGAUCUCCAAGUACAUCAAAGAGGCACGAGAUUUGGGGUGCAAACCGUUCGAUGGAACGGGUGACAUCUCCAUUUCGGCGCAAUGGAUCAAGAGGCUGAAUGAGGCGGCCCUGGACAUGCAACUCACCCCCGAAUAUAAGCUAAGGGUUGCGGUGAGGUUACUUGAAGGUAUGGCAUCCAAGUGGUGGGAUGGGACCAAAAGCAAAUAUGGUGAGACCGUCACUUGGGAGAAUUUCCGAGAGGAAUUCUUCGCACAAUACUACUCGGAUUUCGAGGUGAACAAAAAGGUGAGGGAAUACACCCUUCUAACCCAAGGGGGUAACAUGACGGUGAGGGAACUUGAGUACAAGUUCAGGGAUCUUGCCGACUACAUACCUGAGUAUGCUUGUGACGAAAACCGGAUGGUGAACCACUUUUGGGAUGCCCUAGACUUGGAGAUACGUGAUAGGGCAACACAAUUGCCUAACAUGACGUUCGCCCAAGUGGUUGAUCAAGGGUUAAAAGGAGAGAAACAAUGGGAAGAAAGGAAGAAGAAGGACGCCGAGGAGGCGAAAAAGAGAAAGUGGGAGAGUCAUGGCUCUCAAGGUUCCAACAAGAAGGGGAACCAUGGGGGAGGAUCUUUCCGGGCACCCCCGCCACCCUCUCGGGGAAACCAAGGCCCGAGUGGGCAAGGCUCGAGGACACAAGCCUCAGUGGUGACUCGUUGCAGCAAUUGCAAGAAAAACCACUCCGGUAAAUGUCGCGACCCCCCUAGAUGUUUCCAAUGCGGGGAUGCCGGGCAUUUGAAGGCGCAUUGUCCACAAUUGGGUGUGGCAAGGGCAUCGGGACCGAGUAGUGGCGCGACGGGCACACGGAGUCAACCCGGGGCUUCUCAAGCAAGCCGGGGACAUGGGGGAGCAAGCACGAGCAACGCGCCAUCCGUGAAUCAAGGAAGGACUCAAGCUAGAGUCUAUGCGAUGACGGAGGCGGAUGCUCGAGCAAACCCGGAUUCCAUUGCAGGUAUUUAUCUCAUUAAAGUGUGGUAGAUUAGCCCUACUUAUGUGUACAUGUUUAGGGAUUAAGCCCCGAACAAUUUAGGAUCGAAGUGGGAAUGUUUAAAGUUAAAACAUGCAAAAAGGGGGGCAACCGGCGCCGGACAUUUCAUAACCGGCGCCGGAGAUGGCGAUUCGGUGAGCCUGUUUGGAACCGGCUCUCUCCAACCGGUGCACAACGAGGCAUGUUUCCAGCCAACCGGCGCCGGACACCCCCUAACCGGCGUCGGACCUGCCCUGGGACGAGCCUGUGUCCGACCGGCUCUCCAUAACCGGCGCUGCUAGCCGGGAAACCCACCCAACCGGCGCCGGAAACCCACCAACCGGCGCCGGACCUUCGAUGGAAGCAGCCUGUGUGGAACCGGCCCAUUGUGACCGGGGCAGCCGGGACGUUUAACCGGGACAACCGGCGCCGGUCAGGCCUGAACCGGCGCCGGUCCGAAGUCUUUUUCGGCUGAAAAUUUUCCGUACCCAAGCGGGACCCACCCCGUUUGAACGGUAAAUGCACCCUAACCCUAGAUAAAGUUUAGGCAUGACAAGAAUGGUGUCUUACAUGGCUUAUACAUGUAGGAACGUUAAAGAUUAAUGGGAAGGAUGCACGAAUCCUUAUCGACACCGGAGCGCAACGUUCAUUCGUGAGUGAGGCGUUCGCCGAGGAUUUAGGGAUGCAAUCAAUACCAAUGACGCAAACUCUAGUGGUAUCAACACCACUAGGGGAUGACAUUGAAAGAGCUAGUUACUAUCCAUCUUGUGAGGUGGAAAUCGAUGGCCAAACCUUGACGUGUGAUUUCGUACCGCUGAGUAUGAUGGAGUUCGAUGCAAUCCUAGGGAUGGAUUGGCUAGAAAAGCAUCAUGCUAGGGUAGAUUGCUACACAAAGGUUUUGGAACUCGAAGGCAAUGAUGGGGACACCCUACGCUUCGAGGGGGAUCGAGGCAAAUCAAACAGUUGUAUCAUUUCCGCCGUGAGAGCGAGAAGUAUGAUAAGAAAGGGGUGCCACGCAUAUCUAGCAUACGUGAUUGACAAAACCAAGGAGGAAACGAACAUCGACGACGUGAGGGUGGUUUGUAAGUAUCCGGAUGUCUUUCCUAAAGACCUACCGGGGCUUCCACCUGAUAGGGAGAUUGAAUUUGUGAUCGAGGUCGAGCCUGGUACCAAACCAAUCUCCAUACCGCCAUACCGUAUGGCACCCGCUGAACUUAACGAGUUGAAAACCCAAUUGCAAGAGCUUUUGGAUAACGGUUUCAUUAGACCAAGCCACUCCCCGUGGGGAGCACCCGUUCUGUUUGUGAAAAAGAAAGAUGGAACACUUCGAAUGUGUAUUGACUAUCGUCAACUGAACAAGGUCACAAUCAAGAAUAGGUAUCCCUUGCCCAGGAUUGAUGACUUGUUUGAUCAACUACGAGGGGCAACCGUGUUUUCAAAGAUUGACUUGAGGUCGGGUUACCAUCAAUUGAAGAUUAAGGAAAAUGACAUACCAAAAAGUGCUUUUCGCACAAGGUAUGGGCACUUUGAAUUCCUUGUUAUGUCGUUUGGGUUAACAAACGCCCCAGCGGCAUUCAUGGACUUGAUGAACCGAGUAUUUCAUAAAUACUUGGACCGAUUCGUGAUCGUGUUCAUAGAUGACAUCUUGAUUUACUCAAAGAGUGAAGAAGAGCAUGAAGAGCACCUGAUACUUGUUCUUGAGACACUACGGGAGAAGCAACUCUAUGCCAAAUUUUCUAAAUGCGAAUUUUGGCUAAAGGAGAUUGGCUUCCUCGGGCACGUGGUUUCAGGAUCGGGAAUUACUGUUGAUAAAAAGAAGAUAGAAGCCAUUACCGAAUGGGAGAGGCCAAAGAACGUCAAGGAAAUUCGUAGUUUUCUUGGAUUGGCAGGUUACUACAGAAAGUUCGUGGAGAAGUUCUCUGUUUUGGCAUCGCCAUUGACGAAGCUCACUCGUAAAGGAGCUAAGUUUGUAUGGGAUGACAAAUGUGAGAAAGGGUUCAUGGAACUAAAGAAGAGAUUGACUGAGGCACCGGUACUUGCAUUACCCAAACAAGGUGUGGGGUACGAUGUCUAUAGCGAUGCGAGCAUCCAAGGGCUUGGAUGUGUACUGAUGCAGAAUGGGAGGGUAAUCGCCUAUGCUUCACGACAGUUGAAGAAGCAUGAGGUGAAUUAUCCUACUCAUGAUUUGGAGCUGGGGGCAGUGGUGUUUGCACUGAAGAUAUGGAGACAUUAUCUCUACGGGGAGACAUGUCACAUAUACACUGAUCACAAGAGCUUGAAAUACGUGUUUACUCAGAAAGAGUUAAACAUGAGACAGAGACGGUGGAUGGAGCUGAUAAAAGACUACCAUCUAGUGAUAGAGUAUCACCCAGGCAAGGCAAACGUGGUGGCAGAUGCUUUGAGCCGGAAGAGCUCGUCUGAGGCAUUGCUAGCUAAUUUGAGGGCAUUAAGAGCCCAACUGGAGGUAUCUAGCGAUGGUGCCUUAUUGGCACGAUUUGAGGUGAGACCGACCUUACUUGAUGAGAUCAAGAAGGGUCAAGAGACUGACGCAGAACUUAUGAAGGUUCGGGAACGCAUGCAAGCGGGACCGGUGGAGGAUUUCAGGGAAAGAGAUGAUGGUCUCUUGUUAUUUCGUGACCGAGUGUGUGUACCGUCAGAUGAUGAGCUCCGUAAGUCCAUCUUAGAGGAGGCUCAUUCAUCGGCUUAUGCCAUGCACCCAGGGGGCACGAAAAUGUACCGAGAUCUGAAAGAAAGUUACUGGUGGUCUGGAAUGAAGAGAGAAAUAGCCGAAUACAUCAGUCGAUGUCUUACUUGUCAACAAGUCAAGGCGGAACAUCAGCAUCCAGCAGGCUUAUUGCAACCACUUUCCAUUCCUGAAUGGAAGUGGGAACACGUGACUAUGGAUUUUGUGGUAGGUUUACCACGGACAAUCAGGAACUAUGAUGCAGUUUGGGUUGUCGUAGAUAGGCUCACGAAGAGUGCACACUUCUUACCUAUCAACACUACUUACCCACUUGAGAGGUUAGCCAAAUUGUAUACGGAUGAGAUCGUGAGGCUACAUGGGGUUCCAGUGACCAUUGUAUCCGAUAGAGACCCACGAUUCACAUCACGUUUUUGGCCGAAAUUUCAGGAGUCUAUGGGAACGAGGUUGAAGUUCAGUACUGCCUUCCACCCACAGACGGAUGGGCAGUCUGAAAGAGUCAUACAGAUCUUAGAAGACAUGCUGAGGGCUUGUGCAUUGGAGUUCCAAGGAAGUUGGGACAACCACUUAGCACUUGUGGAGUUUGCCUAUAACAACAGUUAUCAGGCAAGCAUCGGCAUGCCUCCAUACGAGGCAUUGUAUGGGAGGAGGUGCCGUACACCGUUAUGCUGGGACGAGGUUGGCAUGGCCAAACUCGAGGGUACUGAGUUGGUUGAGAUCACCAAGUCAAAGGUGAAGUUGAUUCGAGAGAGACUCAAAGCGGCUCAGGAUAGACAAAAGAGUUAUGCAGAUAAGCGUCGGAGAACCUUAGAGUUUAAGGUUGAUGACGAGGUAUUCUUGAAAGUUUCUCCUUGGAAAGGAAUCAUCCGAUUCCAAACCCGAGGAAAGCUUAAUCCACGAUACAUAGGUCCAUUCAGAAUUAUAGAGAGGAUUGGGGCCGUAGCAUAUCGUCUGCAGUUAACUCCUGAAUUAGAGAAGAUACAUAAUGUGUUUCAUGUAUCCAUGCUUAAGAAGUAUGUGCAUGAUCCCUCUCACGUAUUGGAGAAGCCACCUGUAGAGGUACGUGAGGAUUUGAACUACGCUGUGCAACCUAUCAAGGUCACCGAUAGAAAGGUGAAGAAACUGAGGAGCAAAGAAGUCCCAAUGGUUAAAGUCCUGUGGAAGAGCGAUCGGGUCGAAGAAGAGACAUGGGAAACAGAAGCUUUGAUGAGGAAGCAGUAUGCUUUCCUAUUUGAGUAGAGCUGUGAAUUUCGGGGACGAAAUUCCUGUUAAGGGGGGGGGGGGUGAACUUGUGACACCGCACCCGAACGUCCUUGAAAAUUCCAUUUAAAAUUCAAAGUUUACGAAGUGAAUUUCCGACUUCCAAACAAUUGUAAAACGAUUAAUGUUUUUCGUAGUGCAUGGUUGAUUUUUGUACUGUUCAAACUCGUACAUUAGUAUCGGGUUCGCAAAUACUUAUUUGGUCCUUAUUAAUGAAUAUAAGAGCCCAACAUUUCCCAAAUAAAGAUAUACAACCUUUCAAGACAAACUGAGGAAGGACGGGCGGCCCAAACAUUAUUUCGGGCCCAACCCGCUAAAAAUAGCAAGUAUUCGAGAAUGGCGUCCUAGACCCACUCGGUAGUGACCCACACGGCUAGUAGCCCAAUAAUAUGUAUGACAAAUGUCAAAAUAAGUGAUGGAAUGAUUAGAGAAGAAUACAAAUGCAUAUAGCCCCAUCUUUGGCAUUAUGGAGCUAAAUAAUGGGAGUAGGGUUUUUCUUCUAUAAUAUUCAUCACAUGAAUUAUUGGGAUGAUCCUACACAUAUUGGGAAUCAAUGAUAUGAUGUAGGAAGUUAACUUGUUCUAAAUAAAUUAGGAUGAGUACAAAAAGACAUCUUUUGACAAAAGAUUAAACAAUAGGACCCAUUCUUCCAUUUUUGGAUGUAUUAGUUAAUAUUUUGCUCCCAAAAUAAUUGGGGAACAACAUGCUGCGCCCCAUCCCUUCCUUCCACCUUCAAGACAAGAAAAAUAAUGUUAGGAGGAUGCCAUAGCUGACUUUAGGGGCUGGAAUUGACAAAGGAAGCAAGAGGGAACCCCACCUAGUCUAUUUUCGCACAAAAGGAUGGUGCUGGUUGUCUCCCUCCAUGAGUGAUGUUAUACUCGACCAAAUAAGGUGAAUGAGGUGUCAUUGGAUAGCCUUUGAAGUCUAGUUACUUAUUUGAGUGGUAUCUGUUCGAGAAGGGAGAGUUUAUCCCACAAAAAACCGAGCUGGAGUGAACUGCUGUCUGUAAACUCGAGCAGUGAGAGUGCUGAAGCUGUUUGGUUGAUAUAUCGAAUUAUACCAAUCCAAUCAAGGCGAGUAAGAUACCAAAAGAAAGCUCUCAAGACGAGGAAUCCGUGAAGGUCUGGUUUGCAUCAAUCGGAGUAGUGGAAGGCUUCCAAAUCGUCCGAGCAAAACGCAACCUCGCAGAAACGGAUCUACUCUUCUAAAAGAAACGAGUUAGCCGGAAAACACUCAUUCUAGGGGCUGUUUUCGUACCAACGAUUAGGGGUUGAACUAGCACUUUGAGGAGGCUGUUUAACACUCAAUUCCAAGCAAGGAAUCAGUUCUCAAACCUUCUUGGCCGAGGCUUUGGUCAUUGGAGCGAGAAGGAAGGUUUUAAAGCUCAUUUGAGGUACCAAGGUCAUGUGGAAUGGUUCCCAAAUGAUCCCAUUCAAUUUGGGGUCCAAAAUACCUACCAAUACUUUCAAACUGAAAAGAUGGACCCUGUUGUUUUAUCUUUGUCAUGAGAUGUCUUUUUGUACUCAUUAUAAUUUAUGUAGGCCAAGUCAACUUCAUACAUCAUAUUAUUGAUCCCCAAUAUGUGUAGGAUCAUCCCAAUAAUUUACAUGAUGAAUAUUAUAGAAGAAAAAAUCAUACUCCCAUUAUUUAGCUCAAUAAUGUCAAAGAUGGGACCAUAGGCAUUUGUAUUCUUCUCUAAUCAUUC